AUGCCAUCGUCCGAGUCUGUUUCAGACACUCAGGCUGUCCCUAUCGAAUCAGAGGCUGUUCCCACCGAGUCUGCUGGAGAGGGAAGCCCUUCGACGGCGAACAAGCGGCCAAAGCCCAACGACACCCCGAGCGAGGCGAACACCAUCAGUGCUCUCCCAACUCCUCCUCCCACCCAGGACAACGGUCAGGCAGAUGGUCUCCCCCAGCCUAUUGUUCAGGCCAUCGACUUGGCGGCCACAGACGACGAUGAUGUAAAGCCCGAAGUCCCUCUCGAGCACCCACGCAAACGCAAACACUUCCGCUCGACUUCUGCGGCAGCCGACGGCCUUAUUGAGCCCAGUGACCAUCUCACGGGAAGGAAGCUCGACGUCAUCGCCCCCAUGAUCGAGUACUACCGCGAGGUGUACAGCGACGAGACGUCAUACGCCAAAAUGUGGCUCAACAUUGCCAAAGACAACCGGACGAGGCUCGAACGAGAGCUUGCAAAAGUGGCCGAGGAGAAGGAGAGGAUUGAAGCACAGCUGGCUCAGGCGGUCACCGACAUUGAAGAGAACAGCAGGGCUAUCAAGGAGUCGACGGACCAGUACAACAAGGUCGUGCAGGGAGUUAUAGACGCGAUGAAGUGA